AUGUUCACCCUUGCAGAAGUUGCCUCUCUCAAUGACAUUCAGCCUACUUACCGUAUCCUGAAACCAUGGUGGGAUGUAUUUAUGGAUUAUCUGGCUGUCGUUAUGUUGAUGGUCGCCAUCUUUGCGGGAACGAUGCAGCUUACCAAAGAUCAAGUGGUCUGCCUGCCGGUGCUGCCGUCCUCAGUCAAUUCCAAAGCACACCUCGCAUCAGGAAACGCCGACGUGACCACUGAUGUCCCGAAGCUGGAAGUCGCCACGGACCAAGACCAAGGCCGGUGGACGACCAGAACCGCGUCCUCGGACGAGGCGUCCCCCUCCAUGCCCGGCCAGCCUCUCAGCAGGGCCAGCUCCCCUCCCACAGAUUCCCCGGUCCCGAACCAAGAGACGAGGAAGGAGAUCCAAGAUCCUACGGGUCGGAAGACGAACUUGGACUUCCAGCAGUAUGUAUUUAUUAACCAGAUGUGUUACCAUCUUGCCCUCCCGUGGUAUUCCAAGUAUUUUCCCUACCUGGCUCUAAUUCAUACUAUCAUCCUCAUGGUCAGUAGCAACUUUUGGUUCAAAUACCCCAAAACGUGCUCAAAAGUGGAACAUUUUGUUUCCAUCUUGGGAAAGUGCUUCGAAUCUCCUUGGACUACCAAAGCACUGUCCGAGACGGCGUGCGAGGACUCGGAGGAGAACAAGCAGAGGAUAACGGGAGCCCAGUCUCUCCCGAAGCACGUGUCCACCAGCAGCGACGAAGGCAGCCCCAGCGCCAGCACGCCCAUGAUCAACAAGACCGGCUUCAAGUUUUCGGCCGAGAAGCCCGUGAUCGAGGUGCCCAGCAUGACCAUCCUGGAUAAGAAGGACGGGGAGCAGGCCAAAGCCCUGUUCGAGAAGGUGAGGAAGUUCCGGGCCCACGUGGAGGACAGCGACCUGAUUUACAAGCUCUACGUGGUCCAGACCGUCAUCAAGACGGCCAAGUUCAUCUUCAUCCUCUGCUACACGGCCAACUUCGUCAACGCCAUCAGCUUCGAGCACACGUGCAAGCCCAAAGUGGAGCACCUGACGGGCUACGAGGAGUUCGAGUGCACCCACAACAUGGCGUACAUGUUGAAGAAGCUCCUCAUCAGCUACAUCUCCAUCAUCUGCGUCUACGGCUUCAUCUGCCUCUACACCCUGUUCUGGCUCUUCCGGAUCCCCCUCAAGGAAUACUCUUUCGAGAAGGUGAGGGAAGAGAGCAGCUUCAGCGACAUCCCGGACGUCAAAAACGACUUCGCCUUUCUCCUGCACAUGGUGGACCAGUACGACCAGCUGUACUCCAAGCGCUUCGGCGUCUUCCUGUCCGAAGUCAGCGAAAACAAGCUGCGGGAGAUCAGCUUGAACCACGAGUGGACCUUCGAGAAGCUCCGGCAGCACGUGUCCCGCAACGCCCAAGACAAGCAAGAGCUGCACCUCUUCAUGCUCUCGGGGGUCCCCGACGCCGUCUUCGACCUCACGGACCUCGACGUGCUCAAGCUGGAGCUCAUCCCAGAAGCCAAGAUCCCCGCCAAGAUUUCCCAGAUGACCAACCUGCAGGAGCUCCACCUCUGCCACUGCCCGGCCAAGGUGGAGCAGACGGCCUUCAGCUUCCUCCGAGACCACUUGAGGUGCCUUCAUGUCAAAUUCACCGACGUGGCCGAGAUCCCCGCCUGGGUGUACCUGCUCAAGAACCUCCGCGAGCUCUACCUGGUGGGCAACCUCAACUCCGAGAACAACAAGAUGAUCGGGCUGGAGUCCCUGCGCGAGCUGAGGCACCUCAAGAUCCUCCACGUGAAAAGCAACCUGACCAAAGUCCCAUCCAACAUCACCGACGUGGCCCCGCACCUCACCAAGCUAGUCAUCCACAACGACGGCACCAAGCUCGUGGUCCUCAACAGCCUUAAGAAGAUGAUGAAUGUAGCCGAGCUGGAGCUCCAGAACUGCGAGCUGGAGAGGAUCCCGCACGCCAUCUUCAGCCUCUCCAACUUACAGGAGCUGGACCUCAAGUCCAACAACAUACGCACCAUCGAGGAAAUCAUCAGUUUCCAGCAUCUGAAAAGACUGACUUGCUUGAAAUUGUGGCAUAACAAAAUCGUGAACAUUCCCCCUUCCAUCACCCACGUCAAGAAUCUGGAGUCCCUUUAUUUCUCCAACAACAAGCUGGAGUCCUUGCCCGGGGCAGUGUUUAGUUUACAGAAACUCCGAUGCUUAGACGUAAGCUACAACAACAUUUCGGUGAUCCCCCUAGAAAUAGGGUCCCUCCAGAACCUGCAGCAUUUGCAUCUGACCGGGAACAAAGUGGACCUUCUGCCCAAACAGUUGUUCAAAUGCGUUAAAUUGAGGACUUUGAGUCUGGGGCAAAACUGUAUCACUUCGAUCCCAGAAAAAAUCGGUCAGUUGUCACAGCUCACUCAGUUGGAACUGAAGGGAAACUGCUUGGACCGCCUGCCAGCCCAGCUGGGGCUGUGUCGACUCCUCAAGAAGAGCGGACUGGUGGUGGAAGACCACCUCUUUGACACUCUGCCAACGGAGGUCAAAGAAGCGUUGAACCAAGACACAAACGCCCCUUUCGCAAACGGGAUCUAAAACGGAGAUCACACGUUCCCACGCCAGUGGGUGGGAAAAGACUUUCCUAGAUUGCAAAUGCUGGGGUACAAGUUAUUUGCAAGAUGAUGCAUUAGAUGGAGAGACACCUUUAAAGGAGAGAGAAUGAGAGAGUGAGAGAGUGAGAAUGAGUAGAAGUCUGAUAGGAGAUCCAACCGAGUGUUCAGUGUUCGUAGUGUUUUAAGACGACGUUUCCAAAUCUUUUUUUUUUCCUAUUUCUUUCCUUUCUUUCUUUCUUCCUUUCUUUCUUUCUUUUUUUUUUUUUGUGGGAAGGGAAAGACAAAUUAUAAUCACUAAUCUCAAUUUCUUUUUAAAUUGUAACUUGGAUGCUGCCGCUGUUGAAUGUUUACAAAUUGCUUGCCUGCUAAAGUAAAUGAUUAAAUCCACAUUUUCUUACUCUAUAACUCUUUCCUUAGGUGUCUGUAUUUAUUUGGGAGCUGAAGGAUAGACCAAUAGUUGAAUUAAAUAAAGCCCCUAAAAGCCUAUGCUUUGUCAUUCUGCAACCAUUGCUUUCCUUUAAAAGACGAGUUAUUUUUUAUUCUUUUUUAGUUUAAAAGGAUCAAGUUCUAGUCCACGUAAAAUAGACAAACCUCCUAACAACAGGGUAUUGCCAAAGCUUGGUUUUGUAGCUCUCGCUUUUCUGGGGACUGUAAUACAUAGGGAAGGGACAAGAUGAAUCACCUGUGAUUUUAUUGGUAAGUCAACACUUCUCACCACUUAGGCCACCACCUUCUCUGCAACUUUUUAGAGUUUAAAAGACUUGCCUAAAGAACUUGGAGGUCAAGUCACUUACCCAGAGUUACACAGUCAGUAUAUGUCAGAGGUAGGACUUGAAUUCAGGUCUUCCCAGUUUUGAAACCAGCUCUCCAAGCACU